GUGGGGUAGACAAGUCAACAGCCACUGCUCAGCUAGAUUUCUUUGGGUCUUUAGCUUUCAGGGUUGUGAUGAUCCAAAGUGAUUCAAUGGGACCCUCGAGGUUGAUCAAGAGGAGGAGCGCAGGAUCAUUAUUCAUCGAGGCGAUGCGGUUUGUGGUAUUGUCUGAAAUGUUUCUGGGCUGUUUCUCAGCUUCCAAUCAGCCUAUUUCCAAUAGGAUGGGGCACACCGUGGUUUUUCCUCUUCAAGGGAAUGUUUAUCCUCAAGGGUUUUAUUCUGUGAGUCUGCGCAUAGGCAAUCCACCUAAACCUUAUACACUUGAUAUUGACUCCGGCAGCGACCUCACUUGGCUACAGUGUGAUGCACCUUGUGUCAGUUGCACUAAGGCACCUCACCCUCCCUACAAGCCCAACAAGGGUCCUAUAACCUGUAACGACCCAAUGUGUUCUGCCCUUCACUGGCCUUCAAAGCCACCAUGCAAGGCUUCUCACGAACAAUGCGACUAUGAGGUUAGCUAUGCGGAUCAUGGUUCAUCUCUUGGGGUUCUGGUCCAUGACAUCUUCAGCUUACAACUCACCAAUGGUACUCUUGCUGCCCCCCGCCUGGCUUUUGGAUGCGGAUAUGAUCAAAGCUAUCCCGGACCAAAUGCUCCUCCUUUUGUGGAUGGAGUGCUGGGUCUUGGCUAUGGCAAAUCCAGCAUUGUUACACAGCUACGCAGCCUGGGUCUGAUUCGGAGCAUAGUGGGGCACUGUUUAAGUGGUCAAGGAGGAGGGUUUCUGUUCCUUGGAGACGGUCUUUCCACUACUCCAGGAAUCAUCUGGACUCCAAUGUCGAGAAAAUCUGGAGAGAGUGCCUAUGCGUUGGGUCCAGCUGAUCUUCUUUUCAAUGGGCACAAUAGUGGAGUGAAGGGCCUUCGCCUGGUGUUUGACAGCGGUAGCUCCUACACCUACUUCAAUGCUCAAGCUUACAAAACUACACUUUCACUGGUGAGAAAAUAUUUGAAUGGCAAGUUAAAGGAAACUGCUGAUGAGUCCCUUCCAGUCUGCUGGAGAGGUGCAAAACCUUUCAAAUCUAUUUUUGAAGUGAAGAACUAUUUCAAGCCCUUUGCACUCAGCUUUACAAAAGCCAAGAGUGCUCAACUACAAUUGCCACCAGAAUCUUAUCUUAUUAUCUCAAAACAUGGCAACGCAUGCUUGGGGAUUUUGAAUGGUUCUGAAAUAGGACUUGGAGACAGCAACGUCAUAGGAGACAUAGCUUUUCAAGAUAAAAUGGUGAUCUAUGACAAUGAGCGCCAGCAGAUUGGUUGGGUUCCUAAAGACUGCAAUAAGCUUCCCAAAGUUGAUCGUGAUUAUAAUAAAGGGUUUUCACCAGCUGACCUGGGUAUGGUGGUGAAGCAAUUUUCUGCAGCUUAUGCGUCACGAGAAGACCUAUAAGCUGCUGGGUGGCAAAUACUGCUCUGAGUGUUAAAAGAUCAACAAAAGUAGUUUCAUGCUAGUAGAUAAUAGAUGGUGCGAACAAUACACUUGUGCUGCAUACUAGGUUAGGAAGUCUUUUUUUUUUCAUCUGUUUUACAAGGUACAAGGUAGGAAAAUGUAAUAAUAACAUAAACAAGGAGACAACAAAAAGUUUUGUUACAAAAGAAAUUCAUGUGUAAGGCUAUUCUUGAUU